AUGGAAUUCUCAGCCAAUAAGAGGCAGGUUCUCAGAGCCAUGCGUCCAUCCAACUCUGUGACCUUUGAACCCAGGGUGGAGCGAGGUGUUCCCUGGGGUCGCGACCUCUUUACCUUUGUGACAUCAGCAGCAGGCCACAUGAUGCGGACACUCCAGAGACCAAGGAAGAACAGGCCAUCCAAACGUCAAGUCAACCACCGGCGCUUCCUACACAACAUGAUCCAGAGGAAGUUUGCAGAGAUAGAGGCAGCCAAUCACCAGCUUGUGUCUGUUCUCUUCUCAACGGAGGUAGCGAAUAGCGACACACCUUCCCCAUCACGACAGCCAAUAACCACUGACCAAUCUAACAGCACCUCUAAAGAAGACUCCCCUCCAGCUCCUGUAAGUGCAGAAGCAAACCUUUCCCUUUGUUCACAUGAAACUGAAGCCCUUGCAACAGAACAGAAAGACCCUGGAGCCCAAUGGAGGAGACUCAACCCCAAACAUCUCCAAAUGGACCAGUCCAACAGCAACACUCCAAGUAAAGGAACAUACCAAAUGACUCAUAAACAGUGGGGCAGAACAGAAAAUCAAACUGACUAUAGAUCAUCCAUAACAUCAGAGAAAACCAUUGUCUUAGAACAAGAGGAGGAACACUUUCACACAGAACCCUUCAGUUGUGAUGUCACUUCAGAGGAGAGCCUUUAUAGCUGGAUAGACAGCAUUAGAGAGAAAUAUGAAACACAACUCAGACACGACUCAAAUUCAAAUAUCACGGCCCCAACUCAAAACCAGAGGGCCCUACCUCUAAACUUGGAUACCUCAACUUUCAACCCAACACCCCUCUCCCCCGGACUCUCCCCUCUGUCCCUAGAUUCCUGUGAUUUUGGGGUCACAACGGUCGCAGACAACUCCGCUUGCUUCCAGUCCCUAAACAAUAUGGCAGACAGUGACACAGUGGAGAGCCAGAGAAUGGACAUGUUGAACCUGUGGGACUCAGAGGUUGAACCACAGAAUGAUGGGGACCCGCCGGCCCAUCUAGAGACCAUCUGGGGGUAUCCUGGUGAUGGGAGGAGCCUAGGUGAUAAGGCACACGUUGAUGACAUCACGUAUCUGAACCAAUCCGAAAAUUUCAUAGAGAAGUUGAUGCUCCACACCAGCAGCAGUAGGAGUGACGGUAGAUCUGAGAUGGAGAGGAUUGACUGUGAUGGAGGGCAGUAUAAAUACGGAUCUGGAUACGGAUGUUCUAUCGAUCCAGUAACAGCCAUAAGAGACUUCAUUAGUGGCCAGGGCAGCUCACAGUGUAUGUUGGAGAGUGCUGUGGGAAGACAAGGUACAGAUAGGCAGUUCACCUGUUUAAAUACUAACCCAAACCAACUGUCCACCUCUGUAGGCUACCCUUGUGACUUCCCAGACCCCAACAUCCUUCAGAGGUCUUGUCCCCAACAAGAUGGUACCUUCUCAUUCGUGAAUGAUGAUAUGAAUCAGAGUUGUAUUCCCUUUGAGGGAGUGGCCAGAUCCUUCCCGGCCCCAGUUCACACCCCUCAUCCACAUCAGGUUCUGACCCCGCCCCUGGAAGAUGAUUGGCUGUUCACUGAUAUCAUGGGGGCCCAUCAGUGUGAGUAGUGGGUCCCGCUACUGCCCAAAUUGGCUGCAGUGCCACUAACAAGGGGGAAUGAUACUUCACCUUAUAAAUGAUCUAUUGUGGUUUGACUGUAUUACUGUAUUCACUUCUUUAUGUGUGUCAUGUUAACUUAUUGAUAAAUGGUGAAACGUAUUAAAUAAGUCAGUGUUAGUCUCUCCUUACAUUAAAUUACAGUAAAUGUGUACAUGUAACUGAGUGUUCACAAAUUGAAACACACAAAAUGUCAAAACCAACAACAUAUAUUAAAGUUCACCCCAGUCAGAUAAGUUUUAUAAUUACAGCAUCAAACAAAAAAUGAUAAUAAACAACACAUUUCCAAAAUGUUCCAUUUCCACAGAAGCCAUAAAAGAAAGAAAAUCAACAAAAUUAUAACACCUUUGAAAAAGCACCGUCUCUACAGAGGCACAGACACUUCAGUUCUCUGAUCACAUUCCAGGGGUCAGCCUUCAACCUCCUCAAACCAACCUUCCUACUACUUCCCCUGAAGACCAAAACUAGAUAGUUUAAAAUGUAGUGAUCUUAAUUUUCACAACUUUAAAGUGACAGUUUGCAUCCAAAUAACAUUUAAAACAUCUGCUCAGAUCUUUGACAAAUCAGUUAGAUUUACAUAUAAAAUCUGCAUAAUCUCCAGAGAUGGGACUGACUGUGAACCAAUGCCAGCCACUGAUACUGCCGGAGUCUGCCCUCUAUUGGUGCAUAUGUAAAGUGCAGCAUUUACAGUAACUUACAAAAAAAGUACAUUUUGCCAAAUAAAUCACAUGAAGAGGAAGAAAAAAAAGACCAAAUACAUGUCGUCAUUUUUUCUGUAAUCAAAAUACUAAUAGAACUCAUUGUUAAUUCAAAGAUCCCAUGUCCUCAUUAGGCUGCUAGUUCUGAAGAUCUGACUGUUUCUAUAGUACUGUCAUGAAAAGGAUCCAAAUGGAUCUUGGCUUUGCUCUCCACUGUGUCAAGCUUGACAUGAGAUAAUGAUGGGGAACUGUAACUUUGCUCUUUAAACAACCUUUUAGUUGUUCAACCCUGCAUGCUUUUCAACGGGAAUGUCCUAGUCUUAUGUGGAGGGAGAUAAAUACUCUUCCUACAAGAGCAGACAACCGGGAGACUAUGCGGCCAAUGCUAUAAUCAAUGGAAUGCACCGCCAUGCAAAUACAUAGUGUUUAACUAGACUGAGCAGCGAAACGUCCCUAUGUCAAGGUGUCGU